AUGGAUGUUUCCGAGGAGAGCGUCGAAAGUUUCAAGGAAUUCUGUGGUAUCACUGAUAAUGAUGUCGCGGCGCGAUAUUUGAACCACUGCCACGGCGAUUUACAAGCAGCUGUUCAACUGUUCUUCCAGACUGAUGGAGUGCUGAAUGCUGAUCAAGAGGAGAAUGACUUCGUGGAGGUAGCUGGCAUGAGAAACAGGCGAAACAAUUCGGAGCCAUUGUUUGGGGAUGACGACGAUUGGUCUGAUGAAGAUCGACGUUCACAAAAUGCUAUUGUCAAUUCCAGAGCCGAUGCGUCUCGUUGGUCAGUUGUCCAACCGUGGCGUCAGUUCAUUGUUGCUCUUAUCACACUGCCAUUCAAUUUCUUUAUUUCUACUCUUUUCGACGUACUCAAAUUCUUUUACGAUUUGGUUGUUGGGGAGAGAAUGCCGGCGAUUGCUGAUUUUCGAGAAGAUGUAGCGAACUUUAGAAGAGCUGUGGUUGAGAUAUAUGGCGCGACAAGAGUGGAGUUUUUUGAUGGAACAUUUGAUGAGGCUUUUUUGGCUGCUUGCGAUGCCAACACUAUAUUUGCUGCUUAUCUAUUCACUCCUGGAUCUCGUUACUCCGAAGAAAUGGUUCGCCAAGUGUUGAUGGACGAUGAUUUCAAUGAGACGUUGCUCAAUUUUAAUGUUGUUCUGUGGGGUGCUGAUCCACGCUCGGCGGCAGGAAAAUAUGCUGCACACAAGCUACGUGUUUCAACAUUCCCUUCAUUUGCGGCUUUGUCAAGUCGUGAUCACAGCCUGCUGAUGCGUGUCGAAAUGCCCGUGGAAGCCCGUCAGAUCUGGCCACUUCUGCGCCAGUGUGCUUUGGAGGAGAUGGAGCAACGUGAGGAGGAAGAGUUCAGAAAGCGAGUACUUCGUGAGAACCGACAGCUGAUGGCGCAGCAGGAAAGGGAGUAUCGUGAAAGUGAGGAGCGCGACAGGGCCAUGAUGGCUGAGCGUCGUCGUCAGCAAGAAAUGAAAGAAGCGGAACUGCUGAAGCAGCAACAGGAGGAGAAGGAACGUCAAGACAAGAUUGCAUGGCGCCUACAAGGUCUGCGUGAGUUGCGAGAAGAGUUUACUGCCAACCAAAUCUCAGAUGAUUGUGAAGGAGCAGAUUCGAUUCGAGUGAUUGUGCGUUACCCUUCCGGGGAGACGAGCCAGCACAAAUUUGCGCCGGAUGAUAGCACUAAGAAACUUUUCGAAGUCAUCUUUGUGAAAGCAAACUGUCCUAAUUUCUUCGAGGCUCACUAUGGUUUUCCUCGUGUCAAACUUGACUUUUGUCCUCGAAGGUAUUAUGAGAUUCUCUCUGAUCAUCGUCAGUCAUUGGGACAGGAGACAUCCCCAUACGUGGAACCGAAAACAUUCAGGGAACUCGGAAUCACCUCUUCUCUGGCUCUUUACAUCAACGAUGUGGACUCUUGA